GCCACGUCAUUGUUUAUGCCAUUAUCUCCACAACAAGAAGCAGCAGCGCCAGCCGCAGACGCAGUUGGCCAUUUGGCUCCUCCAGAUGGUCUAACUGGUCUUCUUGGUGGUUUUGGGGGGUUUUGUGUUAUUUCCAGUAAAACCAGUCAGUCUAUCUCAGUUUUCAGCUCUUGAGACAGGAGAACGUCACUGAGCGCGACAUGGCGGCCGACCGGCGCGAGGAAAAAGAUGGGGAACUAAACGUUCUGGAGGAUCUUCUGACCGAAGCGCCGGAUCAGGACGACGAGCUCUACAAUCCGGAGACGGAGCGCGACGUCGGUGACAAGAAAGGAGUGAAGAGGAAGAGCGAGCGAUCGGACAGCCAAGACGUGAAGAGGCUCCGCCCCUCGUCAGGCCACGCCCCCUCCAGGUCCUCUGCGAAGCGAGCGCUGAGCUCCAAGAAGCCGUCCAGCCCGCGCCGCCACGCCACCGCCUACCAUCACGAGUACUACGAGGAGCGAAAGGGGCGGCGUGGGCCCCGAGAGGGCCCGCGUAGUCGCGGUGCGGAGGACGAUCGGCGCCGGGAGUCACAGCGCGGUGUGGAGGCUCUGAGCCGGAAGCUGCGGCGCGACGAGAGGCGAGUGAGCCCCUCCCCUCACGGCGAAGACAACCAAUCGGAGGAGGAGGCGGAGUACAGCUCAGAGCCGGCGUCGGGAAGCUCCUCCCCCGCCGUCUCGCACGGCGACGACGAGGAGGAGGAAGAGGAAGAGGACAAUCAGGAGGAGGAGGGGGAGGAGGGCAUGGAGGAGGAAGAGGAGGAGGAGGAGGGAGAGAAGGAGGAUGAAGAUGAGGAGGAGGAUGAAUAUGAUGAGCGUCAUGGCGACGGGAACGACUACGACACGCGCAGCGAGGCCGGCGACUCUCGCUCCGCCUCCUCCGUCAGUUUCUCUGACGGAGAGUCAGGACGCUCAGGCUCCGCCUCCGAAGCCUCAGGGUCGGAGAAGAAGCGAGAGAAGCUGUCGUCGUCGGUUCGAGCCGUUCGGAAAGGAAUGGAGAAUCCCACCAGCAAGCUGCGCUACAUCCUGCGGGAAGCCCGCUUCUUCCUCAUCAAGAGCAACAACCAUGAGAACGUCUCCCUGGCCAAGGCGAAGGGCGUCUGGUCCACGCUGCCGGUCAACGAGAAGAAACUGAACGCCGCCUUCCAGUCAGCGCGAAGCGUCAUCCUCGUCUUCUCCGUCAGGGAGAGCGGCAAGUUCCAAGGUUUUGCUCGCCUGUCGUCAGAGUCGCACCAUGACGGGUCUCCGAUCCACUGGGUUCUUCCUGCCGGGAUGAACGCCAAGAUGCUGGGCGGAGUCUUCAAGAUCGACUGGCUCUGCAGGAGGGAGCUGCCCUUCAUCAAGACGGCUCACCUGUUUAACCCCUGGAACGACAACAAGCCCGUGAAGAUCGGACGGGAUGGCCAGGAGAUCCAACCGAAGGUGGGCGCCCAGCUGUGCGCCCUGUUCCCAUUGGACGAGAGCGUGGACGUGCACCACGUGGCGCGGCGCGUGCGUCAGAAGGGCCAGACGCCGUCAGAGCUGCGGCCGCGUGGCCGCCCACCGCAGCGCGAGCCGGGAAGGCGUCGACCUGAAGAGUAUGACCUUCACGGCAGGAAGCGACCGCGAGCCGACGGCCCGCCCGACUUCAACCAGCGGCCAGGAUUCAUCCCAGACCUACGGAGCCAACCGGUGGACAGGAGAUUCUCCAGUGUGAGACGAGACGUCUUCCUGAACGGGGUGAGUCUGGGGGCGUGGCCUCUGCAGCAUGAUGUCAGCGCACUCACCUGUAUGACGUCUACCUGUGUUCACCUGUUUCAGUCCUACGACUACAUGAGGGACUACCACCACAAUGUGGGGCCCCCGGCUCCAUGGCAGACUCUGGCGGCGUACCCCGGCGUGGAGCAGCAGCCCCCCCACCACCCUCCCUACUACCACCACAGCCACCCCCCGCCGCCCCCCCACCAGGCCUUCCACCACCACCACCCCUCCCUGCCGCCGCACGAGGCUCCGCCCCCUCGCUUCAGAGACAAGCAGCGCGUGCCGCAGCACCGCGCCUUCGCGUCCAGCCCGCACGACUACGACAUGCGAGUGGAUGACUUCCUGCGGCGCACGCAAGCGGUGGUGAGCAGCCGGCGUGAGCGCGAGCGGCAGCGAGAGAGAGAGCGCGGCGGGCCGCGGCGCGACCGCGAGCGAGAGCGGGCGAGGGACAGAGACAGGGAGAGAGAGAGGGACAAGGAGAGGGGGCGGUACCGCAGGUGAUCACUGAGCGCUCUUAUUUUGACAGCCUGACUUCCCCUUCAUUUUCAAAUUAUGUAUAAAUAGCUGCAGGAUGACAACAUCAGUGUUCACGUCCGUUUCUUCAAUAAAGUUUCUUUGGCCAAACUUUUAAUUUGAAAGUCCGUAAAAACUUUUUUAUGGUGUCUUCAUUUCCCAGAAUGCUCUCAGUCUGUAGGCUGGGUGCCAACAGGAGGGGUGGGGCCUUCCUAGGGGUAACAUGACACAAACAGUACUGGUUUUAUUGUGAAAGGUUGGAUGUUUCCUGUUGGAUCCUUCAUAUUAAAAGUUUUUUAAUGUUCCA